AUCGGUCACUUCUUCCUCUUCCAUUUCUUGAUAUUGAUCAAAUAAAAUAGCAAGUUGAAUUUAGCGCCACGUUGUUAUAGCAACGGGAGAGAAUUGUGCUUCAGAAAACUGUUUUACCGACGGUCUUUUCAACUUUCUAGAUUCGCAAUGGCGCCGGUAGCGAAGGGAGCGAAGAAGGAAAAGCGGGAGGUGAAGGACAAGUCCAAAAAUGUGAUGAGGGACCUUCACAUCCGCAAACUGUGCCUAAAUAUUUGCGUCGGAGAGUCUGGUGAUAGGUUAACCCGCGCCGCUAAAGUGUUAGAACAAUUGACGGGGCAACAGCCCGUGUUUUCCAAAGCCCGCUACACCGUCCGGUCUUUCGGCAUCAGACGUAACGAAAAGAUCGCCGUUCACUGCACAGUCCGUGGGGCCAAGGCCGAGGAGAUCCUCGAACGGGGCCUGAAAGUGCGCGAGUACGAAUUGAGACGCGACAACUUUUCCGCUUCAGGUAACUUUGGCUUCGGUAUCCAGGAACACAUCGAUUUGGGGAUCAAGUAUGACCCCAGUAUUGGUAUCUACGGUUUAGAUUUUUACGUCGUUUUGGGACGGCCUGGCUUCAAUGUCGCCCACAGGAGGAGGAAACAAGGGAAGGUUGGAUUCCCGCACCGUUUGACGAAAGAAGACGCCAUGAAGUGGUUCCAGCAGAAAUAUGACGGUAUAAUUCUGGCGAGUAAGAAGUGAUUGCGUUUCGUAUGGUUAUGUUUUAAUUUUAACAUAUUUGUAUGAGGACGCAAAUAAGUUUAUUUAAGAAAAUUCAA